GAGGGUCGAGUGCAUCCUACCAUUGAGGUAAAUUCCUGGGGUAGGGGUCUACCUGUAAGGCCCCUCACAGUAAGGGCCCGCAGGCCAUCCAGUUCGGUUCUUCAUCGCCUACUUUUAGAAAUUAGUUGCAUUUCACCUCGUGUUUGGGCAAGCGAGGUCUUGUAUUACAGAACUUAUAAACAGUGUUGGACAAACUUUAUUUCAAUUAAAAAUCAAUGUUUAAGUGUCCGGUUGUUAAUUGAAGUUUCUCUUUCCUAAUUUCAUUUCAAAGUAUAUUAUUUAUUUAUUCAGGAACAUUUUCCUCCUUUUAAAUUAUUUUUUGGGAUCGAAAGUGCAAAUCUGCGGAAAUGACCCUAACAGGAAACAUCUGAAGAAAGUGCGGUUGAAUCACUGAAGAGAUGGUUUUUUGAAACAUCAGUGGUGCAGUUAAAUGUCAGUUUCCGUAUAUUAUUGCGAGUUUCAAAAAGUUGAAUCAAGUGAAUUAACCGAAAAUUAUAAAUACUUAGGAGUAGUGAAGUUACGGAAAGUACUUAUGUGUCAUUUGUGUUUAGUUAACCUGCUAUAAUUCAAAUCAGCCGCUGUCUAUUAUGGAUUCUAGAAUAAUUAUGGAUGAAUCUAUUGAAGACUGUCACGUGGACUAACGAAUUGCACGUCCAAUAUCUAAUUUAUCUCUCUCUUUCCUUUAUGUUUUUUAUUUGUUCUUAUAACCACGUGGAACUGUGAUCGACUGAGAUUUUAAGUGUUUCGUACAGUGAAUCGAUUUUUACGUGAAAAAUUUGAAGAAGACAACGAUUCCACUCUGGAUACCACGUUGCUCAUAUGUCCUCGCGGCGCCGUAGGCGGUUGCAGCACAUCUGGGUAUAAAUUGGAUCCUUGGUGGAAUCCCAAUUCAUUUUGUCCCUCGAUAUCAAGUCCAAGGCAACCAUAUACCGAUGAAGGACCACUGAAUGAUAAUUUUCAUUAUUGUAAUCUGCAACAUCGUUUCACGUCUUUUUCAUCUUCGAACCAACAGUUUCGUCAUCAUAAUCAGUCACAACAACAUUUCCUGCAGUCAAAUUCUAUUAAAACUUUAGAGCAGGAAGCUGGCCCAAAUCUCGAUUCUGUAAACACGAAAUGCCUUGAUGCUUCAAAAUCUUUAACAGAAGAUUCAAAUUCAUUACCUGCUUGUUCAAUCAUAAGUAAUAAACAAGUACUGUCUUCUUCACUUACAUCUUCUACAUCGAUAGAAGAGGAAAAUUCGUAUUUACUAAAAAGAGCAUUUUCUGAGGGUCAGAGUAACGUUAUUUCCUCUUUAGUAUCUCCAACUGCUGAGAUUUCUCCGGAUAUUCAAAUUAAUGUUGAUGAUGCAUUUGGUCCCACAAAUGAUACUUUUUCUUCAAUUAAUAUUAGGAUAAAAGAAGAACAUUCUAAUACAAAUCGUGUUGAAGAUCGAACUAUCGGAGUAUUACCUUCACCUAAAUCUUCUCAACCCUUAAAUCCUUUAAUUUUAAGUUCCCUUCUUUCCUCUUUUCACAUACCAAAUAAUAGUAUAAAAGAAGAAGAAGAGGAAGAAGAUCUUUUAAAUAAGAACGUAAAAUCGGUAUAUAUUCCAAAACAAGAAAGAAAUCAAUUUAAACAAAAAGAAGGUGUCACUAAAGCAGGGUACUCUGCGUUAACUGAAAAUAUUUCACAUGCUGCGCAAAAAGAUUUAGUCUCUACAUCUCUCUCCAAUUUUCUUUUUACGUGUAAUAAAAAUUCACAAAAAGUAAUUAACAGCAGAACACUUAGUUUCUCGAAAAGAGAAUCUUAUUCCCGACAUAUAGAAUCUCGAACGACUGCAUCCGUGAUCGACAUGAAGUACGAAACCCAGUCAGGUGCACCUACUGUACCACCACAUCUUACAUCUUCUGGAAUUGAACCACCUCAUAGUAGUCAAGCGAGCGGAAUUACUGUUGGAAGUUCACCUGCUGAAAUAGUAGGCGUUGAAAGCCUUUUAUUAUCACCGUGGAGUGCUUCCGGGCCAGAUUUUAUAGAAACGUCUGACGUCAAGCAGACUGCAUCUGAUUUACAAGAUGCUUGGGACACAAUUCUACUUGGUUCCUCAGUGGGUGUAGCAUCUGCUCAAUCUCUUGCCGAGUUAAAACCACUUCCACCAUUUACUGGUUACACUGGACAUCUUAGUAUUAACGGAAUUCCGGGUCAUCACUAUCAUGCAAUAGCAUCUUCAGCUCAGCGACCUACUUUGCAAUCAUCAUCACCAUCGCCGUCUUCAAAUCAAGAAUACUAUGAAGCUCCAGUUGUUUCUUCUAGUACACCUUGCCCUCAAGGUAAUCAAAAACAACACCAACAUCAGCAUCAACAGCAGCAACAAUUGCCACAGUCAACACAACAAGUCGAUUACGAUAUUGAAGACAUUGCCCAAAUAAUCGGAUCUGCUAUUGCUGAUACAACAGUACCUGGAGGAGGUAAUGAACCCAACUCGGAUCACGAUCCCGAUGCAUCAAGAGAUUGGAUAGAUAUUGCAGAAUGGAUUGAUACUGCUUGUUCUCCAAAAGCUCAUGAGCAAAAUUCACCCAGUCCUUAUUCGCAAAUUUAUACAACAACAGCAUCAUCUAAUCAAGUCCAGCAACAUGGUUCUACUUUACAAAAUCUGUUAACUCAUGGAUAUGCGCCGCUUCUUCAGGCUAGGCUUCAAGCCGGAAACGCUGUCCUUCAAAAUACUCCAUGUGGUGAGACACCCUCUUCAACUAGCCCUUACCCACCUGUUAGUCCCCCAGGAAGAGUAUCAACCUCUUGUAGUCCAGAUCAUCUUUUACACUCAUCUUAUGCAGCACCAUCGCAUCCCAGGAAAAGAUCCAGACCGAAUCCUGGUUCACAAAAUCCUUCCAAGAAAAAUUCAGGUUCUACAUCUCUUUCCUAUGGGACUGAAUCGGGACUUAUUGGUGGAAAGGAGAAACCCGUUCAUAGGUGUUCUAUAUGCAAUCGAGGAUUUCUUAACAAAAGCAAUAUCAAAGUUCAUUUGAGGACACAUACUGGUGAAAAACCUUUUAGAUGUGAGGUUUGUGGUAAAGCUUUCAGGCAAAAAGCUCAUCUUAUCAAACAUCAACAAAUUCAUAAAAGAAUUGGCAGGGAUUAACACUAAAUACCUUUAAAAAAAACUCAUUAGUGUUAUGUGCCUUGUACAUAUUGGUCUUCUCAAACCAAGUUACAUUGUGUGAUAUGAUACGAAAUGGUUUGUUUACUUAGGGAACAAUAAAUAAUAUUUAAGGGGCUUCAAAGAAUUUUAAAUUCAAAUUUGUCUUCUUUUUAUUAUAAUCGUAGGAUUGAACUUUAAAAAAAUAUUAAGCCGUCAUAUGACAUCUUUUUUGUAUUAUUUUAAUUGCAAUUCAACGAUAGACGAUCUCGUGUUUAAAGUGAUGUUUCUUUAAAAGACAACAGUCAAAUUAUGCCGUUUGAUGUAUAUAUACGUAAGAACGCCCACCCAUUGUACGGAAGUUAAACAAAGGAACAGUGAAUUAAAUGAAUGAUAAUAGACAAAUAAAAAGACGUAUAAGCUACCGGCAAAAAUAUUGAAUCCGCAAAAGAGUAACUAUAUUUUUACAAAUCUAUUAUAUAAUAAAGUAAGAUAAAAUUUUCCACUUUGACAUUGUUUUUACAGUUAUUGGGGAAAGUGAAUAUGAAAAGUAUACUGCAUUCUUCCUUUCAGAAAUAUUGAAAUAUCAAAUUGUACUAUUUGUAGAAUUGUUAUUGAAGGUGUAAAAAUUUAGAGAUUACAAUAUGCCAGAAACUAUUUCAGAAUGUUCAACAUUGAACAAUUUAUCAUUGUUUCUGUACUUUAAAGAAAAAUAUAAAUUAGUAUGGUUAAUAAUUCUAUCUCUUGGUAAAUUAAUAAUAUAAAUUAACAUUUAGAAAAUAUUAAAUAAUAAUUAUAUAACGAAAUUCUUUAUGAGUCUAUAGAGUUGAUUUUUUAAAUAUAUUUUUAAAACCAUUUAACUAAAAGGAAAAUAAAGGUAUGAAAAAUUUUUUUAACUUGUUGGACUGUUGAGAUUUUCAAACAACCCCCUAUAUAUGUAUGUAUAUAGGUACGAUACUGGACAGAAUUGUCAGUCCGAAAAAAAGGACGUGUAAAAAUUAUAAUGAAUUUUUGCAAAAAUCAGAAACUUGAUUAAUUUUUCUCAUACGUUGACUUUGGUCAACUUUGGUCUGUAGGACAUCCUACAGAUAUCUAAAUUUCCGGAUACGGAUAUGAUGUCCAUAGGAUAUUUUGAAUUGUCCGUUGCUAUUAGGGUUAUUUAUUAAAAAUAUUUGCACUAGAUGUAGUUUUACAUAAAAUUUUAUAACCUUUUCAAUUGAUUUUAUACCCGCUUUUCUAAUAAAUUUGCCAUGAUGGACGGUAUUUGAAGUUAAAUUCACCUUUAAAUAUUAAAAAUUUAUGAAAGGAACGUUUUCUAAUUUAUAAAUUAGAAAAUGUAAUGUAUUUUUACUGUGAUAAUUUGAAUUACACACGUUUGCUUAAAAAGCAGGAAUUGUAUGAGGAAUUAUAUUUAUGUAGUAUUUACGUAGAAAAGAAUUAUCGAAUUCAGUAUAGAGUUUUUUUAGCUUUCAGGAAACGUGCAAAAAAAUUUCCUGUGUAGCCAAAAACGCCAACUCACAGAAUCACAGAAACGUAAAAUAUAUUGUUUCUACAGACUAAAUUCUUAAAUUUCCUAUGCUGGUCAGUGGUAAUCUAAAGAAACUUGGACGGUACAUGCGUCAAAAAAUUUAGAACAUCCACAGGUAAAUGUAGGUUUUCCACCAAUUAUGCUGUUUAUAGAAACUAUAAUCCCUGUAAGUAGAUGGCUUGUAGAGUAGUAGAUCCCUGUAAGAAACUUUUUCAUAAAAAUAAGUAAUAAUUAAAGUAAUUUCAAAUAUUUUACUAAAAUAACUGAUUUUUCUGGUGGACAUGAUAGCUCGAGAUAAGAUGAACUGAAAUAUAUAAAUUUAAAGAUUUUGUUCACAGUGAACAAAGAAUUUUGAAAACAUUAAAUUUUAAAUUUUUUACGCAACUUUAAAGUAAAAAGUCACAAUUUUUUUCCUCACUUUUUACUUCAAAGUUCUGUGAAGUUUAGAAUUAACUUUUCAGUGAAAUAGGAGAUGAAAAUUAAAAUGUAAAGCAUUCGUUGAGCACGAAAAAAUUCUUAAGUGAUUUGAGUUUAGUUUUUAAUUGGUAUAAAAACACACUUAAAUUUAUAUCUUAGAAAAACUAAAAACAAAUUUUUUUUAGAAAGCUUGUCUUUUAGAAAAUUUUCCUUCAAAGCCGGUAAUUAAAUUUCAGAUUAAAUGCGUAAGAUUAUGUAAACAAUUUUUUUUUAAUUCAAAAAUUUUUACGCCUUUUGGAAAAAAUAUUUUGUAAUAUGUUUAAGAAACAUUUUUAAAAUGUUUUAAAAGCCAACCGUAAUAUGUACAGAAAAUGUAUUCCUGAUCUAUGCUGGCUUUCCUGAUAUAUAAGUUCUACAUAUUAGCAACAAGUGGUAAAUCAAAUAAAAAAGUACAAAGUUUAACAAUCGUUUACAUUCGAUAAAAGUUUGAAAAAAUUAUAAAAUUCCAUGAAAUUACUUACCCCGAUAACUACAAUAUGGGACAAAAAAUCCUAAUCCCAAAAGUUUAGUUUUAGAUUUUAAAACAUAUUAAAAACAUUGUGUUUUCCACACAAGUUUAAGAUGUUUUAACGUCAUUAUUAUAUAGUUUAAUUUUUCAAAUUUUAACCUAAUUUGCGCCGGAAGAUUUUUAUAUUAUUUCGCAUGUUUUGUCUGUAGUAUGUAUUUAUUUAUCGACAAAUAUAUUUUUGUAUAAAAACUUAUGUGAGAUGUGAUCAUGUAUAUGUGCGACGAUGUACCUAUGUUUGUAGUUAUGGUUUAAUUUGUUUUUAAUCAAUUAUUUAUAAAUAGUCUUAUAUUAUAUUUUUCCGUCCUCUAAGUUUUCUUUUUUCUACUCUUACUAUUUAUUUUCAUGUAUCCUACCUCUAAAAAUUGUAAGAUAGACUUUUAUUAACUACGAAAUCUUUAAUUUUUUUAAUUUUUUAUUAUUUUCUAACAUAACUUCUAUCUUUCAAUCAUUUUUCAAUUAUUUUGACUUAAUUUAUUAUCUUUUAACGUUAAAAUUAAUCGUCUUUACUACUUUCCUUAAUCUAUUGUAAUUCGUCAAUAUUGUGUUUGGGUCAAAAUUAGGGUUUUGACAAAACAAAUUUUUCAGAUUUCAUAUUUAAGAAAAGACAUUGGCUUUGCGAAAAGUAAUUUAAUCUUGGGCACAAUUUUGAAAUAUGGAAGAAUUCAAAAAACGUGAUAGUAUGUGACAAAAUUAAUAAAAUUUAUUUAUGAAAUAUUGACAUGGUACAAUAAAUAUUCUGUAAUUUUCUAUCGUGACUUAAUUUUCUGGUAAGAAGAGGUUUUUUAAAAUGUAUAAAAAUGAUUACACAACAUUUUAAAACUAACAAUAGUCUGGUAUUGAAUAAAUUAAUUUAUUUGAAGUCACUUUAAUCCGCUUUAAUAUAUUUUUUAUUAAAAUAAGUUUGCAACAUUUACUAUAUGAAUAGAAAUCAGUUCUAAAGUGACAUUAGUUUGAAAUUAAAGUUGUUAAUAAUUGAGUGAUAUUCGUAGCCAUAUUUAUUACCUUUUAGUAACCUCUUCUUUCCAAUAAUCUUGUUUUGUACAUAAGAAUUUCAUCGAAAACUUGUUAUCACUCACAAAUUUGUCAAAUAUAUUUAAGACCCAUUAGAUAGUAUGAAAUAUCUUAAUUGCAGUUUCAAAAAAUAAUGCUAUUUUUAAAAAUGUUGAAUUUUGAGAAAUUUAGGAAUCAAUUUGUGCCGACAGCAAUUACGGAUUAGAGCUUGCAUCGAGCCAGUUGUGAAUUAUUUAUAUAUUAAUGUUGGAUUAAAUGAUUGUUACCGUA